AGGACAGUCCUAACUCGAUACAGGCAAACAUGUCUCCACGAGAAAGGCUUCCAGUUAAACCAUUCUCCAAACACCCAGCCUCCAACUACAAUCCCCAAACCAAAACCCCACCAAAGAGCAGUGAUUGAAUCCUCUGACGGUUUUACCUUCUAAUCAAUUCAAAGCCUGUCAUUUUCCUUCUCGAAAUGCAGAGAUUAUGCACCAAGCUCCGAUCUUUAGCCUCUGCUUCCUCCUCACACCGCCUCCUCCACCCGCCUCCACAAUCUUAUCACCGACAUCUCCAUUUCGCCGCUGCUUCCCGUAAAUGGAAUCUUAAUGGGUCCCUUUUGAACGCAUCUUCUUCUUUACCAAUUCAGCUUCCUUCGGUGGCAGCUCUGUCCUCUUCGCGUCUGUCUCAACUCCCCCACUCGUUGGUGCAAGUGCGUCAUGUUUCAUCAAGGGAGCGGAAAAAGAGGAGGAAGCCAAUGACUCCACGCACCUCCAAAGUAAAAAAGAUUAAAAUGAAGGCUUACUCGUCUUAUAAGGAAAGAUUCAGGACAAUGAAUGAUGGGACUAUUCGUCGCUGGAGGGAGGGCAAGAAUCACAAUGCGCACUCGAAGUCAAAGAAAUCAAAACGUCGACUGAGACAACCAUCUACUGUACCUGCAGCCUAUGCCAAAGUUAUGAAGAAGCUUAAUUUCUGUGGUUAACUUAAAACUUCAGAUGCUGCCAGUUACUUGGACAGAAGAUGAAAAUGUCCAUGGCCUGGAGCACAGUUUUUGUAGCAACAGGUGGAACUUGUUUUGAGCAUUUGGCAAACAAACAAGGAUACUGCUACAAUAUUUCCAAUUUGAAUUGCUAGUCGAACAGUAUCAGCCAGUAAUAGCUCGAUGUUUUAUUUUUCUGGUUUCAUCCAAACUAAUGUCCAGGUAGUGCAUAUGCUAGUUAUUUGGUCCAUUCUUUUAUUUCAA